GUCUUGGGCAGCAACAUGACGAUGACGGAUGUUCCAGCGGUCGUCCAAGUCCCAGUAAAGGACCUGGAGCACCACACGAGACUAGCCCUUGAGGUGCUGGGAUAUUCGCCGGACGAGUCUUCCAUCAUUGAGCGCAUCCUGUUGUAUGCUCAACUUCGCGGGAACACUCAAGGUGUGGUGAAGCUUGUGACCAAGUCACUCGACAAGCAUCCGCUCUCGUCCACGAAGCCCAUUGCCGUGGAACGAAACUCCCCCACUACUGCAUCUGUCGAUGGCAACCAACAUUGCGGUAUGCUCGUGUUGCAGUAUGCCACCGACCUGGCGAUCUCGAAAGCUUCCCAGGGAGGGGUCAGUGUUGUGACUUGUCGAAACUACGCGACAUCGACCGGGGCAAUCGGAUUCUACGCACAAGAAAUUGCCCGUCAUGGGUUGAUUGGUCUUGUGUUUAGCGGGUCGCCUGAGUUGGUGGCACCCCAUGGAGGCACGCAACCGCUGUUUGGCACGAACCCCAUUGCAAUUGCGUUUCCAAGGAAUGAUCGCGAUACCCCGCUCGUGAUGGACCUUGCAACGUCUGCGAUCUCGUACUUCGCCGUGAUCUUAGCCAAGCUGGCGAAACAAGCUAUCCCAGCCAACGUUGCAAUUGAUUGCCAAGGCAAGCCGACGACGGAUCCGUCGGCCGUUCAUGCGAUCUUGCCGUUUGGUGGGCACAAAGGUUCCGCUCUCGCCCUGGUUGUAGAAUUGUUUAGCAAUGCGCUGGCCGGAGGGGCAAUCCAUGACAAGGACAAUGCGAACGACUGGGCAAGCUGCGUGAUGGCCGUGGACCCGACUCGGUUCCAUGCAGACUUGAAUGCGUUUACGGCGCGAGUCGAGCAAAUCCUCGGUCGUGUCAAGUCCAACCCACCGAUCACGCCCGGAGCGGCGCUGUGGUUGCCGGGAGAGCGUGGAAACAGCGUGUACCAUCAACAUGUGACCCAAGGCACGAUCGACAUGGACGCGUCGUUGUGGCAACAGCUUCAAGACUUCACGUCGGCGAAAAAGACCUCUCGGUUGUAGCUUCCGCCGCAUCAAGGGGUGCACGAUGCGAAGCGGAAACUAAGACACCUAACAUGGUGGUGGCAUGCGUGCAUGUGGUGGGCACUCGAACCGAGCUCCCACAUACUACUACUAGAAACUCGACCACCCCCACGGCAUGCAACCACACUACAUCGGUCAUUCGUCGC